AUGAACAUAGUGGACGCUCGGUCUCGUCUAGAAUCCGACGGCGGCAGGAAGAUGAACACCCCAACCGAAAUAUUCAGGUCGUUUCGGCUCAAGGACAAGGCUCGUCGCGGCUCUUCUCAAACUGAUGAACUGGAAUCGCAACUACCACCUCAAAAUACCCAAGAGAACGCAUCGGAGACAGCGAGUCCUGGUGUUUCCAUUACUUCAAUUCUAAUGCCCCCACGCAAGAAGUGUCUGCCAGAACCACGGCAAGAAGGCGGAGCCAUAGAUCCCCGUAAUGUCAUACUAAAACUUCCCAAACGGCCAAGAGUGUCUGGUGACUCGUUGCUGGAAAAUGGCAAGUUCACAAUCCAGUCUCCCCGGGUGAGGCCGGAGAGAUUCAACGUUACCUUGAAAAUGGACUCAGAGAAGCUUCGUACCGUACUGCAGCCCAAACAAGUGCAUGUGGUAGAUCUAGAACAGGAGGAGGCUACUAUAAAGCAAGAAAAACCGCAAUUUAUGAAUUCGUUUUUUCGUGCUGUUGCCGAGCGUGCGAAACGAGCGGACUCGGGCGAACUGGUAAGGAGAGACAAACCCAAAAGCAUGGACAUUCCCGUCCUUGGAAAACUAGAUUUUAUGAUUUACGACAAAAAUGACAUACCUCAGCAUUCGUCUUUACGGCUACAACAUAGAAAAACUGCACAGAACACGGCACACGAGUUUUCUUUUUCGCAAGAAGAACACGCAAAGUUCAUGACCUGUUUCAUCAAGAACAGCCAACCAAAAAGUUCUCACUAUACAUCUAGACAUCUGCAGGAGACUAUGGAAGACGUUGUGCGCCGCAAAUACCAUGCGGUGCAAUGUGCGCGCUUUGAGAGACUUUGCAUAGAGCAAUUUCGCGACCCCAGUGCUCAGUGGUGCGAUCUGUUCAGGCCCUCUAACUAUGAGCAUAUUCUGCAACCGCAGACCUUGAACACAGAUUUGUAUCUGUGGCUAAAAAACAUGUUUGUGAAGCUACGCAAGGUCGACACAGAAAAAAGAACCAAACUGCUCCGCAAGAGACGGGUGCAGGCGGAAAUGGAUGAUUUCCUAGUGGACGACGGUUGCGAGUCCGGAAACGAAACCGAAGACGAGGUAUUUGUGCCGUGUCUGAUAAUUGAGGGCCCGACUGGGUGUGGCAAGACGUCUGCGAUUUAUUCUAUCGUAAAAGAACAAUUGCAGGGUCACGUUUUUGAGCUCAACUCCGGCCAGAACAGAGCUCGUAAGAGCAUUAAUUUUCACCUGAGACAGAUUGGCACCACAAAGAACGUGAACAACGGCCAGGAUUACGGGCUUAUUCUAUUUGACGACGUCGACCUGAUCGACGACGAAGACGAUAAAGACUUCUGGCAGGCAGUGACCGAGCUACUGACGUACUCGUACCGGCCGGUGGUGUUCACUACGCAGGAUCUCUCGAAGAUACCGCCGAACAUCGUGAACCAGAGCACGGUCUACUGUUUUACGCAGCCGAAUCAGAAUGUACAUGCCCAGUAUUUGGACCUGAUUGGGCUCCAAAUGGGCAUGAAACUUGACGAUAAUAUAUUACAGCAACUGUGUGGCUACGACUUGCGUCGCUCUCUGAUGCAACUCCAACUUCUGGGAAGCUGCUGCGAUCGGAAAGAACACGGUUUGGUGGAGAUCAGCAAAGAAGACUGUCCGGAAGCUGCGCAACUGACUUCGUUGCAACAGCUGGAGCACGACCAUGAAAUGAGAUACUGCACCGAGUCUUUGGAUCAGGAAGAUAUAACAUCCGACGUGUACAUUGCUCGUCGACAGACCAUUGACUUCUACUCGUCCAAACUGUAUAAAACCGGAUCUAGAUCUCGUGCUACGAGAUAUCUGGAUGGAGAAGAGUAUCUGGAGCAGAACCCAGGCUGUGUCUUCAAUCGCGUGAGCAGGAGCGUGUUUUCGACAGAGGUCCAGCCGUUUAUCAAAGAAAUGGCGCGCAGAGAGAUGAUGCGAAUCCAACUCGGGGGCAGGAGGCUGUUUGAUCUGGACCCAGUUGACUACUUUGAUAAGCUCUUCUGA